GUUGAAGAUCUUUGUCGGCGGGGCUCCACCAGUAGGAAGCGGCAGGCUGACGGGAGGCAGGACCGGCAGGACGUGACUCUGCGGGCGGCGGCAGGUCGGUGGAGUAUCAGCGGACCCCUCAUGGACAGGACGGCCGUGGUGAAGGUCGGAGCCGCGGCCAGCGCCAGCGUGUGCGCCCUGUUUGGCGGAGUGGUUUUGGCUCAGUACAUCGUGGCCAAGAAGAAGCGCGCGGGCAAGAAGACGCGGAUCAUAGAGAUGAUGCCGCAGUUCGAGAAGACGACGGUCCACAUGAGGGACCCUGAGCGGGUGGAGCAGAUCAUCUGUGGCCUCAUCAAAGGAGGAGCCUCCAAACUUCAGAUCAUCACAGACUUCGACAUGACAUUAAGCAAGUUCGCCGUCAACGGCAAACGCUGCCCGACGUGCCACAAUAUCAUUGAUAACUGUAAGCUGGUGACGGAGGAGUGCCGACAGAAGCUGCUGCAGCUGAAGAACAAAUAUUAUCCCAUCGAGAUCGACCCCCAUCUCACCAUGGAGGAGAAAUACCCGUUCAUGGUGGAGUGGUAUUUCAAGUCUCACACGCUUCUUGUGGAGCAGCGGUUAGAAAAAGACAAGCUGGCCGAGGUGGUGAGGGAGUCUGACGCUGCACUGAGAGACGGCUACGAGCAGUUCUUUGACCGCCUGCAUCAGCACGAUGUCCCCGUCUUCAUCUUCUCCGCCGGCCUGGGAGACGUCCUGGAGGAAAUCAUCCGCCAAGCCGGAGUGUACCACCCCAACGUCAAGGUCGUCUCCAACUUCAUGGACUUUGACGAAAACGGCGUCCUGAAGGGUUUCAAAGGCGAGCUGAUCCACGUGUACAACAAACACGACGGCGCCCUGCGGAACACGGAGUACUUCAAACAGCUGAAGGAGUACUGCAACAUCAUCCUGAUGGGAGACUCGCUGGGGGACCUCAGCAUGGCCGACGGCGUGCCCAACGUGGAGAACAUCCUCAAGAUCGGCUUCCUCAACGACAAGGUGGAGGAGCGGCUGGACAAAUAUCUGGACUCUUAUGACAUCGUCCUGGUGAAGGACGAGACUCUGGAAGUGCCCAACGCCAUCCUCCAGAAGGUCCUAUAACUCCACCCCCCCACUCUGCUCCUGUCCUCCCAUCAGCCCCUUCAGCUCUGGGCCUGUCAGACUUCUAACACCAACCUAAACUUUCCUUUCUGGUCCACUUUCUCUGGAUCUCUCCUGGGUGAUUCUCCACCUCUGUACCCCCCCCACACCUCCACCCCUCGCCCCUUUAAACGCCUUUUUAAAAGACAUUUGACGUCUCCUGAAAGAACUGUUUUAAAAGUCCACACAGCAGCAGCAGCAGCAGCCCGUCUCUGUGUGUUUUGUUUCCGAUAAAAGAAAAACUCACUCCAUCUCUACCAUCUAUUGUUACCAUGAAAGGGUUAUUUUUGAUAAUAAUUGUGUGACAGGAAGCAGGCGCUCCCAGACGGACGCAGUGCUUUCAUUUGGAGCUAUCGAAACAUGUCUGAUCAUGUGACUCUGGUGUCGACUCGCAUCGUCAGACAUGAAACGUGUUUCUACAAAAGCCGCAUUAGAGCUUUGUGGAAUAAUUUAGUGCAAAAACAACCUUUGAAAAUGUAACUUAUGGUAAAACUUUAAAUGUGUUGCUACAGAAAAGUAAGAGCCAACACAGUAUUUGUUUAAGGGAAGAAAACUAUUCAGAUGUUGAACUUGCACUUUAAAUCCUGUGUACGGGGAACCAGCCUGGACAUGAUGAACAUAUGUGGCCUGUAAGUUUGAUUUAUGGGUGCAGGAACACGUUCUAGCACAGAAAAGUUUACAUACGCUUUUUCUUUUUAACACUGAUGUGCUCCUUUGGCAUCAUAUCGACACUCAGAAGAAGAAGAAGCAGAUCUUUACUCGUGAAACUUUGAUGGCAUUUUGGAUUUUCUCCUCGUAGCUGACUCAGCAGCCAAGUGUCCAAGUGUUAUAUAAUACCAUUAGCCAUUAGCUGGAAUAUCAAGGGUUAACCCUUUAAAACUGGAGUAAAUCGGCCUGAUUUCUUUCAAAAACAUGGGAGGAACUCAAAAAAAUGAUCCAAAAAUAACCAACAAAUUAGAAAGAAGAUGCAGAUAUAUUGCCAUGUAAGUUUCACAUAUACAGAUUUUAUAUUUUUGUUGUGUAGACAAAAAUCACAAACGGGACA